UUAAAGGUUAUUCCUGUUUCAUGGCAAUGAUGGCAGCUACAGUAGGGGUGAGAUAGCGACAACAGCAGCUGUUAGCUACCUAGCUGGCUGCUUCGCACUAAACGUGCUCUCAGCGCCUCCCGCUGAUUGCUUAUGUAUGAUAUGGUGCAGCUACACUCUUGGAAGACUGAAUUUUUUUUUACUAUAAACAAACUCCUGGAAACGAGAUUAGAUACGCUAGGUCGUUAGCUAUGUCGCAACCAAAUAGCUAGGUAGCUAGGGUUAAGUGAGGUUAUUUAUGUUUUCAAGUCUCGUUUUGACUAGGUAGGUAGCAACGGAAACCACGGACAUUCAGGCAUGGCGGUGUCGCUGCGGGGCCUGUACUUCGUGGUCACCCUCUUCCUGGGCAGUUUUUUUGGCAGCAUCUUCAUGCUGGGCCCCUUCCUGCCCCUCAUGCUGCUCUCCCCGGCCUGGUACCGCUGGCUGACCGACCGCAUCGUCGCCACCUGGCUCACGCUGCCCGUGGCUCUGCUGGAGCUGGUGUUUAAGGUGAAGGUGGUGAUCACGGGGGACGGCUUCGUCCCGGGCGAGCGCAGUGUGAUCAUCAUGAACCACCGGACGCGGCUGGACUGGAUGUUCCUGUGGUGCUGCCUGCUGAGGUGCAGCUACCUGCGGCUGGAGAAGAUCUGCCUCAGGCGCGUCAGUCCGUGCGGGCUUCGCUGGGCCAUGCAGGUGGCCUCCUUCAUCUUCAUCCACCGGCGCUGGGAGGAUGACCGGCAGCACAUGGAGAACAUGCUGGAGUACUUCUGUGACAUCAGAGAGCCUCUGCAGCUGCUCAUGUUCCCCGAGGGCACUGACCUCACUGACAACACCCGGGCCAGGAGCGACGAGUUCGCCCAGAAGAACGGGCUGCCCAAGUACGAGUACGUGCUGCACCCCCGCACCACGGGCUUCACCUUCAUCGUGGACACGCUUCGCAAAGGUGACAAUCUGGACGCCAUCCACGACAUCACGGUGGCCUACCCGCAGAACAUCCCGCAGACAGAGCGCCACCUGGUGCUGGGUCUGUUCCCGCGGGAGAUCCACUUCCACGUGCGGCGCUACCCGGUGUCCUCGCUGCCCGCGGGGGGGGCGGAGUUGCAGGCCUGGUGCCAGGAGCGCUGGGCGGAGAAGGAGGAGCGCCUGCGGGCGUUCUACACGGGCGCCCGCGUCUUCGACGCGUCCCGCCGCAGCCGCAUCCCGCCGUGCAAGACGGAGCUGCGGGUGAUGCUGAUCAAGGCGGCGUCGCUGCUGUACUGGAGCGCCUUCAUCGCGCUCUGCUGCGCCGGCCUCUUCCUCUCCCCGCUGCUGCGCGCCUACUUCCUGCUCAUGGUGCUCUUCUUCCUGGGCCAGCAGAGGGCGGCGGGGGGCCUGGAGCUGCUGGAGCUGGCCUGCCACCGCCACUGGGCGGGGGGCGGGGCCAGGGGCGGGGACGAGAAGGCCGACGCCCAGAAGAAGCGGUGAGGCGGCGGAAAGGUCCCCGGCGAGAAACGCGGGCGUGUCCGAGGGAGGGAGGGGGAGAGGGAGGGAGGGAGGGAGGGGGGCGGGGGCUGAGGUCACAGUUUGGGAUUUCCCCCCCUCCCCCAUCACGUCCGGUACUGCCACCUCUACCCCUCUAUCCACAGAGAGGAGAGCAGAACCAACGUGUGCAUGGCCACCUCGGAGUGGGAGAGGUGGAUGGAAAGGAGGGAGAGAGGGAUGGAGAGGGGAGGAGGAGGAUAAAUGUGCUUUAAGAAGCAGGAGCCUGUCUGUCUGGCUCUCUGAUGUAGAACUCUCCUGACAGGCAUCACCCUUUCCUCCAGCAUCGUGCAUGUGCGACUGUCUGUCAGCUCCUGUCUCUCUCUGUCUCUCCAUCUUUCGCUUUCUCUUUCUCUCCGUUUUUUACUCUGUUCCCGUGGAAACCAGAUUUUUCCCUUUUCGGCACGUCCGUCUGCACGGCUCCUCCUGCCUCAUUUCGUUUUGGGGGAAACAUUUCAUGUUCAGUUCAGUUCAAAAACAAAGGUCCUUGUAUUUUAUCAGGAUGUUUUUGUUAUGAAGUUUUUCAUUGUUAAUGUGUAUUUAUUUGUUAUGGAACACAGCCAUAGUGUAUAUCCACAUUCAUGACAAAGACAGGUAAAACGCGUGUGGAAACACACACACACACACACACACGCUUUCCUUUGACUCAGCCAUAUCCUUAUCACAGUGUCAGACGACCUCAGAUGAAUUGCAAUGGAUUUUAAGCUUUAAAUCAGAAUUUAGAUGUUUAUUUUUAAAGAUUUGCGUAUGUGUGCGUCCCUCUCACUGUGUCCAGGAGUCAUUUCGACGUGUUUUACAGGAACAAUCAGUGCUUUUUGCACACGUUUAAGCAGACACAGGCACGAAUACACACACACACACACACACACACACAGACACUCAGCCCAACCCCAACACCUGAGAACAGCUGGGACUCCCCCUUACCCCUCCUCCCCCCCGCCCCCAACCGACGUACAGCACUUUGAGCUGAGAGACAGUGAAUAAAAGGGAUUUCAGCACAUGCACUUUCAUUCGCAUAAUUUGAGAAGCGGGCGUGGCAGAAUGGAAACCGCGUGCCCUUAGAGAGAGAGAGAGAGAGAGAGAGAGAGAGAGAGAGGCCGUGUGAUUGCCCCCCUCACGCCCAGCCUUUGUCUGAAUCGGCCAGGCCAGACAAUCUAUGGAUCUGAGUGACGUCAGCCAAUGGAAAGCACACAUCCGCUCAUCUGCUCCUCUGCAUUUGGGAUCGGUGUUCAGCUUUCAGCCGCGCGCGAACACACACACACACACACACACACACACACACACACACACACGCGCACACACACACAGACACAUGCACACACCCUCGUGCACAGACACGCACGCACGCACGCACACGCACGCACACUGACGCACACGCGUCCGCACACAGUAGCACAGUGCGCAUCCUUACUGCUGAUUCCCUCUGCCCACUGUUUUCACACCCCCUUCAGAACCCCGAAAAAGAAUGUUUCCUGAUGUGUUACCAUGGCGAGGGUGUGAGCUCUUGUGUGUGUGACCCUGAGAAGAGCAUGGAGCGGUGGGGGGGGGGGGCAUGGAUCAACCACCAGUGUGUUAUGUGUCCCAGAUUUCAAGCAGGGGGGGACUGUGAAAUUCAUGUGGGGGGUGGGGGUGGGGGUGGGGGUGGGGGGCAGGGGGGCGGCACCGUGCCUCGCAGUGGGCCCACAUUAGGAAUGGAAACUUGCCCUGAGCCCAAAAUCUGCCCCACCCCCCACCCCUACCCCUACCUCCAGAGGGACGCAGUCAGCCUCGCAUGACCGUCCUCGUUAUCGUCAGCUGAGAAAGCAGCGCUGAUUGUGCCAAAAACAACAACAACAAAAAACUGGUUUAAGCAUUUCAUCAGCUUUUUACCUCAGUCCUUUCUUCUUUUUUUUACCACUGCUCACUUAAGACCAAUUCCAUCCACGCGAUGCAGAGCGCUCUAGUACCUGUGAACCCUUGUGAAAACACACGACACUGUCUUAAUGUGAAUUUGUACUAAAUGCUGCAGGUAAACUCUUUUUGUAAAAGGGGGGGGAGGGGGGGGGGAAGUCUCGUUUCCCCAGCUCAAGGGUCCCGUUAUCUUUUCGGUGUUCUCCGUGCUCGUGGCGAAGCGUGUCCUGUAUCGACGUCCCCGUCCGGCGGACGGAACUCACUGUGAUGGACUGAACUUAGAAUAAGCGGCUGUCGUUAGCAUGUCUGUGCCGUCGACCCAGUGCUCCUCUGUCUUUCUCUUCGAUCCAGAUCGUAAAAAUGUGUUUAACCAGCUAGACACUGCCUUGCCCCCCCCCCUCCCCCUCCCCACUUUCUCUCUGUCCGUCCCUGCCCAGCUGCAGAUGGACUGUGGUGUUCACAUUUAAGGAGAUUAUUCCCUUCAGUCACCGCCUCCAAAUAUGAACUGUGUCAUUUACUACUAUUAUACCCAGUACUGUUAAUAAAUAUCAGACAUUCUUUAUUGUCA